AUGCCGGUCACCGCGAAUAUCGUGAUGGAGGUCGAUAGCGGUGCUAGACCCUAUAGUGACUCCCUUUGUGAUGGAAAAUCAGGGUUGGAAUGCCUCCUCAAGUCAGUUCGGUACUACAGUACAUCCGACGACACUUUCUCAGCCUGUUCCGCAACAGUUGGCACAAAAACAGUUAAUUCGCAGUCUUCAGAUCUUGGAGCAGUAGGUGCACAGGCUGGCGCUGCACAAUCAAACACUCAGCAAUUUGAAGAUGCAAGGAACCAGUCAACUGAUGCCUCCAACUUGGCUGAGCUGAUGUCAACAUCAGAUGCUGCCAGAGGAGAUGGUGAAAGCAGUGGCUGGUCCACGCCUGCACAAGUUGCAAACACAUCUGGCCAAGCUCACGUGGCUGGAAAUAUUGACUGGGGAUCGCCACUUCAGAACAUAGGUUGGAUCGCACCGAACAUGCCUUGGGAAGCACCAGCACAAGGUGCCACAGGCUACAACAUGGGUUGGGUGACUAUGCCAACACAGCAAAAUGCAGUCCAGAACAUGGAUUGGGUCACACCGAAUCCAGGAAACGCCAACAUGAAUAUGAUGUGGACCACAGCUCAAGCCCAAAGGACUCCAAAUGCGGCUGCUAUGAUGGGGGCUCAGAUGCAAGGAGUUGCCAUGGCCCCUUGGGGGAGUGCCAGGUCACAAGGAAAUGCAAAUUCUAAUCCUGGUUGGGUACCCCAGGUUGGGAACAUGAAUCAAAAUGCCUGCUGGAGUGCUCCCAUGCAGGGAAAUCCAAGUCCUAGUCCUGUAAAUGGUACCGGACAGGGCAGUAAUAUUAUGAACUGGAAUUCACCAAGUGGGAACCAGACUUGGAAUAACCAGCAGGACUUUAACGGUGGUAACUCAGAUGGGUGGUCAUGGAGGCCUCAGUCUGGCGGUGGAGGGAAUGGUCGCUGCUACAAAGGAGAGCAGUGCCACUUUGCACAUGACCAACCGGUUGACGGAUCUGCACCGAGAAAUGAUCGCCGCUUUGAUAGGCAACCUUCCAGCAACAAUAGACCUCAGUACGACGGGCAAAAAGAUCAACACUUUGACCAGCAACCUUCAGGCAGCGAGAGGCACCAUGACAGGAAUGACAACAGAGAGCGGUCAUGGGAUGACUGGGAAUAGGAAGGCUGAUAGGUCAGAAUCAAGAGAGAGGCAGUAGAGAACCAGUUUCGGGUUCAUUUUUCUGCUGUAUUCUCCUGUUUUGUUGUAUAUGCAGUAGCUAGCCAGUAGCAUCCUUGCAUGUUUCCGAACUUGAUGCAUUGUAGCGA